CUUAUAGGAAAUGAGAGAAACGCAAAAAGUUCUAAAUGUUGUCUCGCUCAAACGAACCUCUCUCUCGUUCCUUUUGUGACAUUUUUGCGAAACGUCUACCGCGUUUCCUUGUGGAAAUUAUUCUAAAAAAUCACAUUAGGGCAUGGUCGGUAAAGUUUUCCAGUUGAAAACCCGUGACAUAAAAUCUAUCACCGUGGUUAAGUUUUUUCGUGCCAAGUGCAACUAAACUAUCAAGAUUCCGCCGAUAAUUCAAAGCCUACCCAGUGGGUGGCUUAAUUUGGUCUGAAGAAAAUAAAGUGAUAAUGGAAAAUAAAAGAGACAGCUUUUUUCUUAAAAAUAAGAAACAAAAACCUAACGAGGCUCAAGAGAAAAAGGAAUUUAAAAGUAAAAAUGAACGACAGAAAAAGUUUGAUGACAACCGUAAUGGCCUUGAUGAAACUAAAAAGGAAACAGAGAAAAAACCAUUCGAUAAAAAAGCAUAUAGGCUUAAGAAAUAUAGUAAAAAGUAUAAAUUAGAAAAAUGGGAGGAACAACGCAAGAAGAAAAUGCUUCAUGAAUAUCAGAAAAGCGUCAAAGAUGAACCAAUGAUUGGAUCGUAUAAAACUAAACCAUUUGAUGAAGAUACAACUGAUGCUAAAUCUACUGUCGGUAGGUUUGUGAUGCAUCCAGAUCUAUUAGAGAAAGAAUUAACAGUUACACGAAAGGAUAAGGAUCCAUAUACAAAAGCUAAGGAACAGUUUAAUAAAAUAAAACAAGAAAAAAUUGAAAAGCAGCAAGCUAAAGAAAAGGCUAAUCAAGAGAGAUUCCAGAAGUUGCAAGAGUAUAAGAAAAAGAAGAAUGAAAGAUUCAAGAAAUUGAGCAAGAAAACAAGGAAAGGACAGCCUGUUAUGACCGGAAGAUUGGAAUUGUUGUUGGAGAAGAUACAAAGUUCUAAGUAAAUAAGGCAGUUUUUUCAUUUAACUGAGUUAUUUAUAUGUGCGUAUUAAAUGGAAAGUUCUCUGUUCCGUUGUUCCUUAUAAGUUAGUACAAUAAUGUAAUGUUUGUAAACAUUUGUACUUCAUUUUGUGGUAAAGAAAUUCUUAAGACAAUUAACUGUUUAAAUUAAAUGAACCAUUUCAAUGUUUCAAUUUUGUAAUGAUAUUGAAAUAAUACAUGCUUUUCUUAUUGACAGUAAAAUAUUUCAUUUUUAUUUGAAAACACAGUCAGACCAAACUAUUAAUCAUACCUAGACUAGACUAGACUAUCAGUGCUUUGCCAACUACAGCAAGUAUGUUGUCUCUUGUGCCUGUUGAAUGUUAUCUACCGAAAUUUAUGCACAAAUAUUG